UUGGGAGACUGUAUUUAACUAUUUACUCAAACGAAAAGUGUGUAAGGUGGGGAUGAGCUGAAUGAGCUACCAGCUGUUUUUGAUCACAGUCGAUCUCAUCUUAUUUAGUCUUCUUACACCAAGAAAUUGAAAAAAACAAGGAAAAAGACGAAUAAUCUCUAAUUAGAACACAAACAUACUAAUCCAGCAGCUACUUCAAUCGAUCUACGAAUCCAUACAUUGGAUGGGAAUUUGUACGCAGAUUAUUUCUGGAUAAAUCUUUGCCUGACAAAAUCCUAAUUUUUACCCAGGCAUGAAAUUGACCGCGAUCAUCAUCUUAAUAGAUGUUGCUAAAGUUUGAUCUUUUGAACUUUCUGAUGCAGACGGUGAAGUUGGAUGAAGAGUUUCCCAAUUGAUGUGAACUUGGACCUGAAAACCCUAAUACAUCACUUUUGAUUUGACCUCGCAAUCAAGUCAAAGAUAAACCCCUCUGCUGCUGCUCUGCUGCUACCCCUUUUGACCACGCAUUCAAGUCAAAGGUAAAACUCACUGCUGCUACACCUAAGAUUUGGUUACAGUGAUCUCCAGAUCUGAAUCAAACUCCUUGAAUUGUACAGAUCUUGUCGAUUAGGUUUUUAAUAGCCCUUCAGAAGGAUAUCUGACUUUUAGUUCCUAGAUCCUCUUUACAAAACUGAACAGAAAGGCCCCGAGGGGAUUUAGAAAGAUAUAUUGCGAUGGUGAAGCUUUACAUAAUGGGAACUAGGUUAGAUUUGGUGAUAGGGUUUAUUGAGAGAAAGAUUUUGCUGAAAAUUUGAUUCAAAGGAAUUUGUAAAAAUAUAGGAAGCGAGAGAGAGAGAGAGCACUUGAAGUAGUAGUAGGCAUCAGUCACGAUUUGUCAAAGGAAAUAGCAAAGAUGCAUGCAAGGCAUCGUAAUCCAGCAACUGCAUAUAACAGGUCUAGUUCUGCCGGGAUGGGUGGUAUGGGAGCAGCCUUACCGAUUUCACCUGAUGGUCCAAUGGCGAGUCGUGGAAUUUAUAAUUCUGAUUAUAAAAACUACAACAAUAUUAUUAAUAGUAAACGCAGUGGUUUUGGGCGUAGCCAAGUGAGGCAGUUUGAACCAAGGCAGCCUUCAGUAGAGAAAACUUAUAUUUUCAUGGAAGCUGGUCGAAUGGCAGCAGAGUAUUUGGUGAGAAAGGGAUUGAUGCCACCGAGUGCCCUUUCAGGGAAGUUGCCGAAUGGCAGCAUGAAGAACCAGACCAGUUAUAAUCAAAGUUUUGUGAUUCCAGAUGGGGAUAAUAUGAAGUUAUCCACAGAGAGUCGAAAGUCAGCUCUUUCUCGUUUGGGGAGAGCUGGCGACAGUGAAGGGCCAGUCGGGAAACCGUACCCCAAUGAUUAUAAUAGCUCCAUGUCCUCAAAAGGUUAUGUAAGAGGAAGGAGAAGACAUGGCUUCUAUAAGGAUUCGGAGCAGGACCAAGAACUAGGUAGAAAUGUGGCAUUGCCCGAUAGAACCAGGGUUUCCACGGACAUGGAAGACCAUUCCAAUGCUUUCACACGGAAACAAGAUGAAAAUCAUGCUGUUAUAAAUAGUGACAGUAAAUUCCAAAAUUCCAUGGCCAGUGAAAGUGAAAUAAAUCUUGGAGCUGAUGGCAUUCAGUGCUUAGCUGAAGAAUCAAAGUCCAUCCUAAAUAAAAUGAAGCCUGCAGAAGAUAUUGAAUCUCCAGGCAAAGCGGAGUCAACUGGGAAGUCUGAUAAGGAUCUAGCUGAGAAGUGUGAUAAUUUGGAAACCUCAAAUCCCGAGGUUGGGGAGAUUCAGGAUGGUAGCGAUGAUAAUGAAACGGAACCAAAUGACAUCAAAGAUGAUAUGGAUAUUGAUUUGAGUGCUGGCAAAGAUAGUCAAACAUACAAGAAUGACAUUGAUCUGCUGAGCCUCUGCAGAUUUGAAAACGUUCCCACAAGAAUGCGCUCUUCAUUGAAAGCUAGAGGUCCAAAGCUCUGUGCUGGUACCAUGGCUGAGGAAAAUGAAACUCUAGAGAGUGGGUUUCUGGAGGAGGUGGAGGCCCACAGGGAUGAUAUAUCUAUUCAUAUUUCCUCUGAUGACAUUUCUGCAAAUCCAAAAACACUAGCUAGCGAAAACAUCCAAAGUGGUUCUGAAAAUUCAAAACUAUCUGCAUUCACUGUGAUGGAAGAAAACAGCAACGAGGUUUCAUGUUUGGCAGACCAUCCUUUACUAAAAGAGGAAGGGGAAAAUGAGGGAGCACACAUGUUUGAUACAUGUAGCCCUGCAGAAAGAGGCGGAAAAAGACCAUUAGAGGAUGACAUUGACAACAUUAAUGAGGUAAAUAAGAGACCUAGAGAGAUGGUUUUGUAUGAUGAAACAGACACAGGUGUCUUUCAAUACUCUAAUUCAAUGACAAAGCAGCAGAGUUUACAUGACCCAAAUGAGGUGGCAGCAUUGUUGUCACCUGAUCAUAACAAUUUGGUAGAUGUGUCCUUGUUUUCAAGUGAUGUUCCGACCACUGAGUUUUCCGGAAAGCAACUUCUUCCUGGUUCAAUUAAGACCUUUGACCUGAAUCACAUGGAACCUUCUGAUAUAGAUCACAGUUCUGAUGCUCAUUCUUUUCUGAUGUUCCCGUGCACCAAAGAAUAUGGAGUACUGACUACACCAGCUGACAUUGGAUUGUCUGUAAAUGAGAAUUACAAUUUGACUACCAAAUACAGUAAAUGCAGUUUUGGUGGCAGAGAUAUAGAGGUGAUUGAUUUGGAGAAAGAUUCUGAGCAGGACAAGCCUUUCAAUGAUCCACAGAGUUCGGAAAUUGGAUAUAUUGCCCAAGACGAAUUUUCUUCCAAAGAGGCAAAUAACAAAAAAGAGAUUGCUGAUGCUCAAGAUGAUUAUGGGCUAAUGUUGUCAGAAUUUUUUGGGGACAUACCAAGCUGCUCUCCUGUACCGGGAGAUAUGAAUCCUCUGCAUCCCGAUUUGGGCCUUCAUAAUGGAGAGGAAAUUUCAAGCGACGAUGAUUCAAUAUAUACUCUCUGGAUGAAGUACCGAUAAGCUUUUAAAAGACUGGCAUCAACCACCUCAGGAGUUCAGGAAGCCAUUUUGAGUUGCAUUCUCUCCAGCUCAAGCUCAUGGUAUAUUUGUAGCAAGAAAAAGCUGAUAGUGUAGGCACUUUAAAUUCUGCAUCUUGAGUAGCGCUGAGCGGUACUACCCUUUGCAACUUUAGCAUAUCACAACUGGGCAUGUAACAGAAUGAGACAUGAUUUUAUUGUGUUUUUUUUAUAAGACGUAGUUAUACACCUCAUAAAUCUUGGUCAGUGAGCUUGCAAAUCUUGAUCCGCGAGAAGAUCUCGACACUGAAUCUGGGGAAAAUUAAGUGCUUGGUUUUCGCAUGACUGAUGCUUGGUUAUAUUUCAAAGUCAACAGAAUGUGCCUAUCAUUGACAUUAUCUGCUGACUGGCUGCUGGCUGCUUGGAAAAUAUUGUCAUUUUAAAAUUUGGUACUACCAAAACAUGUCAAUAAUUACUCUUGUUUUGAAAAUAAAAAACAUGACAA